CUCGGUCGCGUAGGUUGUGUUUCUCUUUUCUCUAGGCAGCGAGAGGCGAGAACCUAGUUGGUGGUGUUUCUGUCCGCGACUUAGCAGGAAAUCCGCUCUUUUGACACGUCCCAAGACCCAGCCAGGGGAAAUUUCGAGGAAAAGCUUCCGCCACUGCAUUUAAAGUAGAAAGUGUCGAAGGCUGUCAUCGUCAGCAUCUCUCCACGUGUCGUACAAGCUUUCGUUUUCCGUGACUCUGUUGCCCGAGUGUUUCUAGGGAAGACGAACAGCAUAAAACGAUCAAAAUUGGGGGUGAAAAUUGGCUUACCAGUAUAACGGCAGCGCCAGUUACGUACCCGAUGUGCGACCGCGUCAUCGCAGAACAGCAAACCGAAGAGCAACCCCUGAGAAAGGCAGCGAGUUGCGUUUCUGGCGGUUUUAAGUUUCUCUAGCUUGCUGUGUGAAAUUUACGCUGAAAUCAGACACGAGGAAGUCCUUGUAACAGCCGCCAAACUUAACCAAUAAGUCUCAGUGAACCGUUGUGAAGUGCAAGUAUCUAGCAGAGUGAAGCAGUUAAUACUGAACGUGCGCUAAUUCGAGAGCAGGCAACGGUUGAAUGAAAAUUAUCCGAACAGCGGCGUCGUGAUUAUUGCCGAUACAAGUGAACACAAGGUGAAAAGUAAGCCUGCUUAGAUCACCGUUGGCGGGCAGCGUUUAUUCUUACCCCCGGUUGGGCCUCGGCGUUGUGUGCAGAGUACUGCAGCAACCGGUAGGAAAGGCUUCAUCUCUGUCCGUUUGGUCCGUGAGCAAUUUCACGGUGAAGUUAUAGAUUGGGACACAACUACCAUCGGAUUUCUGCACAAUAUGAACGGCUACACGGAUCUGCCCACUACCAUGGAAAAUAGCCGGAAUUGUUUGCGACGGAUCGCUCGCCACGAUGAUCAGGAGUUCUCGAACCAAAGUAUAUUGAACGCCAUGGAAAAAUUCGUCAGGAAUGUUAACAGCAUGGACGAAACGAUACUGGUGCCCUGUCGGUUGAUGGAUCGAAAGGUCGGGGAUUCUACGGACACACUACCGGUUACGCCGAAAGCACAGCACUGUGGCGCUCACCAUGGCAAAAAGUCAAACCGUGCCUCGAUCCGGGAAGUGCUCAACACUUCCGAUCUCUUCCAGCUGUACAACAUGCUGAAACUGGUAAAGGUGGAUCUACUCUGGGGGCGCCAAGACGCGGAAGACAGCGUCGACGAGUCUGUGGUCAUGGGCUGCACGACGAAUUCGACCGCAUCGUCGAAAGCACACGACAAAGGUACCACGAAUGUCAGCGGCAACACGGCCCCGGCCGAUGCGAGCUUGCUUGCCAGGGAAGGGUCACCGGUGGGAAAUGACAAGACCGCCGACGUCAAUGGGAGCAGUAGCAACAGCACCACCGGAACUCAGGCACCGGCCGGUGGUACGCCAAAGGGACAUGCUCGCCGACCGAGCACCGUCUCGGUAGCGUCGUCGAAUUCGGCGAGCACACUGAGCGAUUCCGACAGCGAAGCAUCGGCCGAGAACGAUUCCGGCAUUGAAUCGGAGGGUAAUCAGGAGCAGGACCGGAGUACCGAGUUGGCCAAGCAGUUUCGCACUCAUCUGCUCGGCCUGUACCGAUCGCUCGAACAGAUGAGUGAAGCGGCCAACUAUUUGACCACUCGGUAUCAGAGUGACGUCGGCCCAGUCUAGGGUUUCUCGCGACUGUGCAGACAAGAAACCCGGCAGCGUGUCGCAGCGGUACGUACGUCCGAGAACAACGAUCUGGGGCAGUGGGACGAACUGCAGCUGUCGCCGUGUUGCUUCCUUUCGUGCACUGUGAUAUCGUCCUCGCUGGUUACUCCCAGACCUCCAUCAACUCCACCAGCGUGUGAUUGUUUUGCGACGAUUGUCCCUCUCAAGGGUACCUUUCGAGAGAUCGGCAGUGAGAUUGUAUCUGCAGCUUUUCAGUACUCUAGCGUCUUAUGUAGGGAUUAGCUAGUGGCAGAAUGAGAGAAUGCUAGUUAAGUUGUGCCGCAAGUAGAGCUGGUUAUUGGUAAUUUGGGAAACGGUGAAAUAUCGUAGCAGAGAGAGUGAUGAUGCAUAUUCCUUGUUCUUUCUUCCACUUCGGGAACAGUGUUUGCUGUUACUACACUGAUGAUGGUUUUUUUCCGGCAGCGAGAGAAUGUUACAAAAUUGGUUUCCUUUUCCGUUCUGUGGUGAUAGAAUUGACCCCCUAAACACUUUGCUUUUCGUUUUUAAAAUUCUUAUCACUAUCAAUGUUUGCAUGUGAGAUGAGUGAAUGUGCAUGUGAGACGUGUUUGUGAUUGCUUGAGUGUGAUAAAAAACGAAAGAAGGAGAGACGUGACGCGUACAUUAUUGCUACCGAUUCGAAGAGCCAUUUCUCAAGACAAGCAGGACCAAUUAAUGUUGUUUUUCCUAGGGUGGCCGGUUCAGAACGUUUGAUUCGAAAAGCAUUGUUCACUGGGUGUUCCGAAAUCACGUCGUUUGCUUGAUCUUGGUUUCCAGAUAAAUAUCUCCACGCGCUUUUCGACAUAACUCUCGCAGUUUGGACGCCGAGGACACGCUAUAGGUUGUGGGCUUAGGAAAAGAAUUGUUCGUGCUGAAUGGCAUACUAAAUUAUUAAAUGUAAAUUGUUAACAUAUGUGUGUUGCGUCUCAUGUUUUAGCUACUCUGCUGUUUCCAUUAUCCACCAGAGCGGCGUGUUUCGAAAGAGUUUGUUCUUUGUUUCGUUGUCGUGCGGUUUGUAUUUGGAACCCUCAUGUCACAAAGAUAAAUUUUAUUGCAAAAAUUGCGCCACUGAGAGACUUUUUCAAACUUUCGUUGCGUUUAAUCAUUAGCGAGUUUAAUGGAUCAGAUCAUUAUUCUGUAUUUUUCAUUGCGUUUUGCCAUUGUUUCAAUGGAGAACACAAACGUAACGAUUAAAACGCUAUUGACGUGUUUACUAAGAUUUCCAGCAAAUGCUCGUUCGCCGAUGUUCAAUUCGAAGAUCAAAAUAUAUGUAAUGGAGAGAGGAUUAUGUUCCGGUUACAUUUGUGAAAAAAACUAGUUAUUUAUUCUUUUACUGGUUCGCUUUUCAAGCCUUCUUCCCCCCGUUAGGUACAUGAAUGCCGAUCAAACAUAACAUAUCUCUCCAUCAGGAACAUACGCACGAUCAUCACCAAUCAUCCUAAGAAGUCUACCUAAAACGGCUUUCGUCUCCGACCGCACACUGUUCGGCAAUGGAGUGUUAUCGUGGAUGAAAUAAUCAAACCAAACUCCUUUGGUAAACGCACUUCUCAGGAUUCCAUUACAAAAAAGGAAAAUGCAUUCUGGUUCUGUGGAUGUUGAAGCGAUAGUUUAUUGUACGUUUUGUUGUAUUGGAAAUUUCUGCUGCAUUUCUCCCUGCCCAUAUCAUCAUCAUACGCGCAACACAAUCGAACUGCUUGUAGUAGGAUAAAAGGCACACAUAAAAAAGCUAGCGAAGACACAAUGCGCUUUAUUUUGAUGUUUGAUAAAAAUCUGGCAAUGGGAUAAUCUAAGUUCUUGCGGUGAUAGUUAAGGGAAAACGGGCCGAAUGCAAGGGGCGCGUGCGCUGUGAGCAUCCUAGAGAGCCCCGGGUUUGUUUGUUGGGUUUUCUAAUUUUCACUCAAAUUCAUCGUCACUCUUUGCUCUGCGAGUGGAAAUUUGAAUAAACAAUAUUCUAACAAGAAGAUCCCGCGGGCACGGGGGCUGGAUCAGCUUGUUCGCAGGUUGACGCUUUGUCGAGGGGAAACAGUAACACAAAUCCGCAACGUCUUAUAGAGGCCACCAACAUUCUUAGGAGCGUUGAGGAAAAUAGUAACAAUCUGAGUAUCUUUAAAUAUGGUAGCAAACGAUGCGUAACCCAUUCCGUUAAAAGUAAAUUAAUAAAACGUGCCGUGUACCGUACGGGGUGUGGCAUGAUGGUGCAAAACACAAAAGAAAGAGAAUUACAAAUGAAGUGAGGCGAGUUUCCAAAAAAAAACACCACAAAAGCACGACGGACGGUCGCAUAAGCGGCAAGAAGCAAAAGAGAAAGCGUGUCGUUGAUGAUAUAAAAAUGCAUCAUGGGAAAGUAGAGAUAGGGACAACAAAGGGAACGAAUAGAUUGAGCAAAUCGCAACAAGUGGACUGAAAAGAGGAAAUAAGAGGGCGCGUGGGGGGGCUAAUACGAGUUUUAUUCGCAUAAAACACUGCAUAACUAUCAAAGAGACAAGACAACGCAAUCAAAAUAUGAGUUGCCCCCAAAAACCUAGCGACGAAGCGAGGGACAAUUGGAAGAAAAGAGAGCGCAAAUAGAAGAGAUCUUCACACAGUGCGAAGAAUGAUGAUUUCGCGCUCUCGCGGACACAAGUCAUUUGUAAAGUAUGUUAAUUUAGCUGUAAAGGAACACGGUGUUAAAGUCAAGUGCGAAGAAUCUGAUGCAGCGUUACGAAGAAAUAAAAAGUGAAAUAGAGAAAAUAUAUUUA